AUGCUCGAGAAUAUUGUUGCUUGGGUGCUUAACAAUUAUAUUGGAGAAUAUUUGGAAAAUCUCAACACCGACCAACUCUCCGUUGCUCUCUUGUCAGGCCAGGUAGAGUUGGAAAAUGUGCCUUUGAAAAAGAGCGCAUUGAGAAAGCUCGACCUACCCAUUGAAGUGAAAUCUGGCCUUCUGGGCAGGCUCACUUUAUCGGUUCCGAUAACCCAUUUGAGAAGCGAACCAUGGGCUUUGAGACUUAGUGAUGUACUUGUUAUCGUUGGCCCACCGACACCUGACCGUCGGUAUGAUGUCGAGGCUGUGGAACGGGUAGAGCAACAGAAAAAGGAACAAAUGCUAGAUGAGCUGGAAAAGCGACAUAAGGCAGAGUUGUUGUCUUACCUCGGGCUUUCAGUCCCAGCUUCUCAGGAUACUUGGUGGGGCGCAUCCUUGAUAUCAACUGUACUAAAUAAUAUUCAGUUAAUUCUUAAUAAUGUUCAUAUUCGUUAUGAAGACGAUUUAUCGUUACCAAAUGGCUUAGUGUUUAAUUGUGGAAAACCUGGUUUCAUCGAACCUCAGAAUGGUGUAAAUAUUUUCAAAAAGCUGGAACUGAAGGGUUUCAGCAUGUAUUGGAAUUCGGAUGUCAAGCUAUCGAAAGACAUAGAAACACCUAAAAAUUUGCGGGAUAUUCUCGCCCCAGAAAACCCAGACAGCUCUUUUAUUAUACAUCCAUGUAGUGCAGAACUACGCAUGGAACGUAACUCAAGUAAAUUUCCUUUAAAAGGACCCACACCGCGAUUCAAAUUUUUCCUUCGACCUGAAAAGAUUACGGUGGAGAUGACUCGUCGGCAAAUAGCUGAGUUACGAGCCUUGAACAGGGAAUGGGCGCGAUUUGAACGAGCACGUCAGCACAGGAAGUGGCGACCUUUAGUUCGUGUCUCAGAAAACCCCGCUGCAUGGUGGCGAUUUGCUUAUAAUCGUGUCAGCGACGAUGCCCGUCGAGUACAUUCACGACGUUCGUGGCAUUUUGCAUUGACACGGGCUCGACAUCUGAAUGCCUACUGCAGGGCGUACCGACGACGCCUCUUAGCUAUGAUAGAUGAUUCAACCACUACGCGAAGCAAUACGGACACUACUGAUAGAAGCAAAGAGUCACCUGGUAAGGUAUCAACUCCAGCUAUAGGAUCUCAUGAAGACAUAGCUAUUAUGAAACAAAUAGAACGGGAUUCGCAAUACACUUAUCAUGAGUUGCAUUUGUUUCGUGAAACGGUGUUCCGACGUAUAAUGCGAGAAAAGAGCAAAGCGAAGGGGCCAGACGUGUCGCCUGGAUAUGAGGAUACGUUCGAAACAAUUGACAACGCACUGGAUGAGAUACCAUCAUCACACAUGCUGAACACGGUUCAAAAAGAGGAAGGCCGUGGUUUGUAUGGUUGGAUUACCAGCUUCUUCACGCCAGAGGAGAACAAAGUUGAAAAAGUUGAGCCGAUCGAUUUUGGAAAAUUCGAUUCUCAUGAGUUCAAGGAUCUUCCGAAGUCGUUUAAUGUGAAGGAAAUGGAGGAAGAGAUCCUUGACGUGCUGCAUGAGUCCUGGGACGACUCCACUCUCCUUCGGCGUGAUGUUCUCUUGGCUGAGAUUGCAAUGCGUCUUGAACACAUAACAUUGCGAUUUAUCGAUACAGUAGUUCUAGAUAAGGUAGAACAAAAGCGUGUUCUUGCUAUGGAUCUAACUGGAGUUACGUCGAGGGUUGAACUCAGUCCACGGCAACAUUCUUUGGUUGUAUCACUAGCAGUUCAUGAUAUGAGCAUACAACGAUUGCGAAUUGGACAUUCGCCGCCAAAGGACGGCCACUCAGACGAUGAACUUGAUCAGUCGUUUAUGUUUUCGUUGGUUGAGUCGACGAAAAUUCUUCUAGCUGUUGGACGGAAAGACAGCAUUGGAGCAAAUACGGAGCCACUGUUCAGAAUGCUUUACCGUCGGCGGUCACCUCGUUUAACUGUGCGACAUAACGUAGAAGGCAGUUUUCAUCCGAUCUCUAUUAUGUACGAAGAAAACGCUCUUAAUGGCCUAUCUAGCCUGUUUGCUGAUGACCCGAAUAUUUUUAUUUCUAGCGAAGUUCUCAACACUGUUACGCCGAAUAAUCAACAAAUUAUGGCCACCGAUUCCCAUAUAUUCGUGAACUUCCACAUUCCUAGUGUCACCAUGGAAUUGCGGCGUCGUGGCUGGGUUGAGAAAAAGCGUGCCUCUCCAGAAUGGGAAGCCGGUGAUCCGUUCGCCUGUCUCACUCUGCAAAAUGUUUCUGUGGGAUACGUAGCCAGGGAAGCAUACUUGUCGAAGAUCAAGCUUGGGGUAGGCCAUCUCGAAUUGGGUGACUUAAUGGAGCGUACAAUGCAACCCUUGUUAUCGACAAGAGGAACUUUUGCGAUAUCGCCUGAUUUCCGAUUUGGAACAGUUUUAUGGCUAUUCAAUCUAUUUGAAAUUUUUUCGACAGUGAAUGGUUUCCAGAAAACUCUCUCGGCUUCGUGUCCCGAUCUGUCUUCACCCUCAUCACCAGAUGUGAAUAUGCCGUCAUCGUUACCAUCCCGGAGUUACCUCGAAGAGUUCGCAUCAGUGCAUGUACCUCGUAAGGCCAACGCCGCAGUUGACGGAAAACGAUCAGCAGAAGAGAGGGAAGCAACCAUGCUCAUUACAAUGGUGGACCCUAGGCAUCCUCAGUUUGAAUCGAAGUUCAUGAAGGUACGUAAACUCAGGAAACGUUUUGUUCAAGGAGUAUACUUUUUGGAACAUCCUUCAGCAAAUCCUAUCGCACCUCAUGUAAACUUUGUCUAG